AGUAAAAUCCACCGGAAAUUAACCUGUUGCCUUUGUUCUUGGGACCAUGGGAAAUUCGUAGACGCCAUUUUGUUUCCAAAUUCUUGUGAUCCUUUCAUACUUUCAGUUUUAAAACCGGUGUAAAAUGUUCAUAUGCAUAAGUCAUUAAUAAGUAUUGAUGUGGAGCAUUCGUUAAGCCAUUAAUAUGGCCAAAUCCAACACAACUCUUGCCAGUCUUUGGGAUGAUGGACAGUCUAGUCCUAUUAAGAUAAUCCACACUACACCUGUCAAGAUGGAGCAAGGGGGAGAACUUCAGCAUGAAAUUGUUCAGUUUUACAAGACUUCUGGAUUAGAAUCAAUGGCAAAAGAGCAUGGUAUAAUGGAUGCUAAUGGUGAAUUGUCAGGAUUGUCUGGACCAUCAUCCAAUAGAACAGGCAUGCAGACAAUGAUUGUGACUGUUCCAAUGUCUCCACACAAAUCAUCCCCGUACAGAGCCACAGAAUACACUCCAAGGGUCAUACAUACGCAGAGUGUUCUCACAACUCAACAGCAGCAGCAGCAGUACAUGCCAGGGUCUCCACACAUGAUCACAGCCGCCUCCAGCCCUCACACCCCAGUGUACCAGAACCGCAAACGACAGAGCGACAUUAUCAUUGAGCACGAGUACUCUGAAGGUAAAAGAUCAAAAAAGGGUGAGAAAGGUGGAAAAGGUCUCCGUCAUUUCUCCAUGAAAGUCUGUGAGAAGGUGCAGAAGAAGGGGGUGACCUCCUACAAUGAGGUGGCAGAUGAGCUGGUGGCAGAGUUCAGUGACCCAAGGAACAUCAUGUCACCACAGGAUGCACAAUAUGAUCAGAAGAACAUACGGCGUCGUGUGUAUGAUGCCCUGAACGUUCUUAUGGCGAUGAACAUCAUCUCUAAGGAGAAGAAGGAAAUCAGAUGGAUUGGCCUGCCCACAAAUUCUGCUCAAGAAUGUCAAAACUUAGAGUUGGAGAAGCAGAAGCGUUUGGACAGAAUCAAGCACAAGACUCAACAAAUUCAGGAAUUAAUUUUACAGCAAAUUGCCUUCAAGAACCUUGUACAGCGAAAUCGUGAGCUGGAGCGGACACAAGGACCACCCGCACCUAACUCUGCCAUCCAGUUGCCAUACAUCAUCGUUAACACAAGCAAGAAAACUGUAAUAGAUUGCAGUAUAUCCAAAGACAAAGACGAAUAUCUGUUCAAUUUCAACAACACGUUUGAGAUACACGAUGAUAUUGAGGUACUCAAGCGAAUGGGAAUGGCCUAUGGGUUGGAAAAAGGCCAGUGUUCUAAAGCAGACCUCCAGAAGUGUAUCAACAGUGUGCCAAAGGCUUUGGAGCCGUAUGUCAUGGAUCUGGCAAGAGGCAGCAUGGCAAAUGCAGGUCCCAGCGGGAUACGACCGGUCACUGGAGGCCCUCCAUCUUCACACCAUUCAUAUGCCCAGUCUCACAGCAGUUCCACGCAGCACCUCAGCGCCCUGCAUUCGAGCAACAGCAACAGCAUGGACGCCAGCGACUUUGAGGUUGCCAUGGCAACCGGCAGCCAAUCUGUUGUAUCCAGGGAACCGAGCCUUGGCUCAUCCUCUUACUCUGAUAUUCACUCGAGGGUUAUUGAGACGCCGUCGGACGAUUUUUCAGACGAUGACUAUGAUGAGUCCAGUCCGAUUGAAAUACUGAGCUAGUGCCUGAAUGUGUGAUGUCCACUGGUGUGAAGAUUGUGUUUAUGGAUUUGCAAACAUAAAUCAGGGAUUUGAUACAUUGUUUGAGGUGGUAUCUGCAGGGCUUAGGAUUUGCUGGCGGAGAUGAAGUGAUGUUGAUUGUUCAUGAAUGAUGGAGCACUGGUUGUGGUCAGAGAUGUAACUGUAUGUGAUUACCAGGUUUGGGUUUCCUUUCUUGGUCUUUAUGGGCAGCUUAGUUGUCAGGGAUAUUGAGGCUGUGAUGUAGAGAAAUGGAAACGGUGAGGUACAAGGACAAUAGAGGAUUGAAAAAAUCCAAGUGGCUUGGUUCACAAAUUCUAGAGUCAGGUUUCAGAAAGUGUUUAACUGAUCGAAAAGAAUUUACCACACUUUGUGUACAAAUGUGUCGGUUUUUUGUUGCACUGGUGAUUUGACUGCAGGGAAAGCUGUACAUAGUGAAAGAAAUCAAUAACUUUUUUAUUAUAUUUUCGUAUAUGAAAGUUACCAUUUGUGAUAGCGCUAAUAUUGUUGUAAAUGGCAUUUGCAUUUAUUGCCAAACAUUGAUGUUUUAAGUAAUGUGCAGCUUAUAGUGGUUAAAGUUUACAACAAUUUUGCCUUGUUUAUUUUUUAGAAACCAACUCUGUUUGAAAAUUAUUUAUCCUCGAUAACCUAAAUUAUAUAAUUUUAUAGUGUUAAAGAAUGGUAUCAAUAUUUCUCCUUAUUAACUAUUGAUUAAGCCAUUUUGUUGAACAAUCGCUCAUAAUUAUACAAUUAGACAAUUUUACAGGAUUUAACACGGCAUUUAUAUAUAGCCAUAAAAUUGAAAGUUUUUUGUUUUUAAUUGACGUGAUGAAAAUGCAAUUUACAAGAAGAAACUUUUUCGAAAUGAAGAGCAAGAACACCUUUAUAAUUGAUAUGUUUUUUGCUUUAUUAUUUUUUGCUUUGAUUUAGCCAAUGUAUUUUUUUCGUUUUAUUACUUAUAAACCACUUCAACUGUGUUCAUUUGUUUCAGGAUAUUUGGCUUGUAUUUGUGUCAUAUUUCCCAUAGAAAUCCCAUGUGUUUGUUUUUAAAAUCCUAAAUGCAAAAAGAAAACAAGCAAAUGAUGAAACAAGGAUUUCAAGAAUUAACAUGAUGCCGGCAUUUAAAUCAAAAAUAUAUUUUCGGAUGUGUACUGUAUGAUGACUUUGGUCUGUGAUGUUUUAUUUGAUGAACAGUUGAUGUAUACAUAUAUACUUAACUUUGUUUAUGACUUUUGCAUUCAGUUAUUGUUAUGAAACUUAGACAAUUUACACAAUUGUAAUAAGAUCAACACUGGAAAGGAUGCACUCUCUGAGGUAGAGUUGAGAUUCAAAAUGAACACUGUGUCUUCCUUCUUUGUUUUGCUACCAUGGAGUGGGGGGCACCAAUCAUUGCACUUGCCAUUCCAUCGUUAUGUAAGUAUGUCCCAAAGAUUGUGUUCUUAACUUCUCUUUACUGGAUGGAAUCGGUUCAAACUUUCACAGUUAAAGCAUCUUAAUGUGUAGAUGAUGGUUUAAAAAAAAAUGGCUGCAAGGAGAACACAUAAAAAUAUGUCAUUUAGUAUGUUUUUUCAACAUUCAAUAUGUAGUCCCUGGCUUGUGUUUUCCACUUAUCUUUUACUACCGCCUGGAUAUUAUUCAAACUUUCACAGUCGAACAACCUUUAUAUGGAGAUGAUAGUAAAGAAAGGAAAUUUGGCUUCAAGGAGUUUUGGCAGGAUUAUAACUAGGGCUGUAACGAAUACACUAGGUGACGAAUACGAUACGUAUCACGAAUACAGGGUGGCGAAUACAUAUAUUUAUUUGCAAUAUGAAUUUAAAUGAACAAAAGUAAUACAGACAACUUUACAUGGCAUUAUAUAGUAUGAAACUAUAAGUAUCUGUCAAUUCGAUUAAUUGAGUAUCAUUGCAUACCGAAAAUAUGAAAUAUAACACUUUGAAAUAACCAAACACUGACUAUCACUGCUUAAACUUUGAACACAGUUUUGAAACUUUUGAGAAAACAUGACUAGUACCAAUUAAAUCCUUGAGUAGAACAAUUAAGAGUCAACUGUUGACACAUAAGUGACAGUACCCAUUCACAUUUUUUUAGUUGAUAAGUUGCACAAUCAUUGUCGUAAAGAUAAACAAAAAAGAAAUUCCAUCUGCCAAUCCUUUUGUGUAUGUUUGAGCAUCAAAUCAUCCGUAUUUACCUAGAUAAACAUUAAACAACCAUGGAAAGAUUUUGAAACUCAAUGUAAAUAUUCAAUCGGUGCCCGCCAUUUUUGUUGAUAAUCUCACUGUGUAACAUAGUGGGUGGGGUAAACAUGAUGAAAAACGCCAGAAUAAGAAGAAAAACAUUUAAAUAUAGGGGUUUAUUGUAUGAACCUUCAUUUGCAAGGUAAGAUAAGAUGAUUAAACAUAAACUUUCAAACUCGAAACCACGUUGUUUGUAUUCGUCAAAUAUUUGGUUCGGGAGGUGGCGAAUAAAGAAUACAAUUCGUCCACAGCCGUAUUUGAGUAAUUCGAAUGUAUCGUUAAAGCCCUAAUUAUAACCUUUUUGCCUUUUUAUUCUACUUAUUAAUGGGCCAUGCUCUGUGAAAAAAGGGGUUUAAUGCAUGUGCAUAAAGUGUCUUCCCAGAUUAGCCUGUGCAGUUUGCACAGGCUAAUCAGGGAUGACACUUUCUGCUUUUAAGGUAUUUUUCGUUUGAAGAAAGUCUCUUCUUGGCAAAAAUCUAGUUUAGGCAGAAAGUGUCGUCCCUGAUUAGCCUGUGCGGACUGCAUAGGCUAAUCUGGGAUGACAGGUGAUGCACAUUCAUUAAACCCCCUUUUUUCACAGAGCGUGGCUCAAAUAUUGUAGUCUGAGGACAUUUUUAACUCGUUAUCAAACUACUAGGUAAAUAUCACUCAGACUUUAAAAGUUAAAUGGCCAUAAUAUAUAAUGAUGUUAAAGAAAGGAAUUUUGACUGCGAACAGUUUUGGCUGAAUUAUGGCUAUUUGUAUAUUUGUCUUCUGUCGAAUAUUAAAUAGAGUUGUUAUUGCCAAAAUGUGUCGUCGGGGCUGUAGUUUCUGUGACAUUUCUUAUCAUGAUCAACAAAGAUGAUUGCUGGUUUAAUUGUUAUUAUUGCAUAAACAUACUAAUUAUACUUUAGGGAAAAAUGUGUCUUAUAAUUACUCUUUCUAUGAAAUGUAGUUGUUAAUGAUGUCUUUUUUAUGAUAGAUUGGUUUAAUGAUACAUUUACAGUUUUUCGUAGUAUCACUUUGCGUAUAAUACAAAUAUCGUGGUUAUAUUUAUAUAGAAUAUUUCACUUAGGAUUUUAAAUUUGUCAUUGUAUAUACUUCUGCACAAAUGUUCUGUGUGCUUUACACUAACAUAAAAUCAUGAGCUUAUUGAUGUUUGGUAAGUAGUUGAGUUGAUGCAGUAAAAUUCUUUCAAUUCUUGUAUUCCCCUGUGCUUUGCUAUAUGAAUCUGCAAAUUUUGAUCUCAAAUCUCCAUUAUGUAAAAAUGAGCAUCCACACUUUCAUUGGGGAAACAACACUGUAUAAACCUUUCAAUGAUUUUAUGAGCCACAACGUACGUUUCAUUAAUUUGCAUAAAACAUUUUUAUUGACACACAAUUAUUGUUUGAGUUGCACAUUUCAUUUUACCGAAUGAUUAACUGGACUAGGAUUGAGUGAUUUUUAUACGCCCGUUUUUUAAAACAGGACGUAUUAUAGUUUCACCCUUGGCGGGCGGCGUCCACAGUAGUGUCCGCUCUCUAAUUCAAAUAGUUUUUAUCCGAUCUUCACCAAACUUGGUCAGAAGUUGUGUCUAGACAAUAUCUAUGUCAAGUUCGAAUAUGGGUCAUGUCGAGUCAAUAACUAGGUCACGGGGUCACUUAGUGCAGUUCAAGGAUUAAGCAUGGUGUCCGCUCUCUAAUUGAAGUAGUUUUCAUCCGAUCUUCACCAAAUUUGGUCAGAAGUUGUGUCUAGAUGAUAUGUAGGUCAAGUUCAAAUAUGGGUCAUGCCGGGUCAAAAACUAGGUCACGAGGUUACUUAGUGCAUUUCAAGCAUUUAGCAUGGUGUCCGCUCUCUAAUUGAAGUAGUUUCCAUCUGAUCUUCACCUAAUUCGGUCAGAAGUUGUGUCUAGAUGACAUGUAGGUCAAGUUCGAAUAUGGGUCAUGCCGGGUCCAAAACGAGGUCACAUAGUGCAUUUCAAGCAUUUAGCAUGGUGUCCGCUCUCUAAUUGUAGUUUUCAUCUGAUCUUCACCAAAUUUAGUCAGAUGUUACAUCUAAAUGAUAUCUAGGUCAAGUUCAAAUAUGGGUCAUGCCGGGUCAAUAACUAGGUCUCGAGGUCACUUAGUGCAUUUCAAGCAUUGAGCACGGUGUACAAAACCUUCGAACGGGCGUAUCUUGUGACAGUUUGGCACUCUUUAAGAGCAGCAAUUUAUACAGUUAUUUAAGAAAUAAGAUCACUUGAAGUAUGAGCACAUUGGGCAAGUGAGAUUUUAUCACUAACGUGUCACUUUUAAAAUCUGGUGUUCAUGGCCCUUUCAUUUAAGUGCAAGUAGUUACAUUUUUAUAUCAUACUCAGCAUUUAUUUUCUCUUGGAUUUGUUGUGACUACUUUAGUAACUAUGUUUAAGGACACCAUCCCCUUUUGAUGCAAUCACAUACAUGUUGACAAUAAUUUGCAAUAUUAAACAAUUCUUGCCCAAAAGUUUUUACAGUGUUGUUAGAACCAGCUGGUGAGCAUUUGGAAUAUAACUUUGAGAUGCCCUUUUGAUAUUUUGAACUGUAUUGUGGAAACAUUUAGAAAUAAAAUUCAAUAACCU